AUGCAUGAAAAAUCAAAAAAUUCUAGAAAUAGUAAUAUCAAUCACAAUAGAAAUGAAUGUGAUUUAGGUAUAUCAAUAUCUUUACUACAAGAAUCGAAAAACAACAAACGAUUCUAUUCUAAUGGAUACAAUGUCGAUAAGCAACAACAACAAGAUGAAUUGGAUCACUCGAAAUUAUUUAAAACUAUGAUGCCAAAUAGUAGUGCACCCAAUCUUUGGUUUAAAUCGCCUUUGACCAACUGUGUGGAUCGUACCGAUUUCGAUGUCGUCGUGAUUGGUGGUGGUCAUGCUGGUACGGAAGCAUGUGCCGCCGCAUCGAGAGUUGGCGCUUCGACACUUCUCAUUACACAGUCAAUCAAUACCAUCGGUGUUAUGUCUUGUAAUCCAUCGAUUGGUGGAAUCGGAAAGGGUAACUUGGUGCGCGAAGUCGACGCACUUGGUGGUGUGAUGGGAUUGGCUGCCGAUGCUUCCGGUUGUCAAUUCAAGAUAUUGAAUCAGUCAAAGGGUUCCGCAGUGCACGGUCCACGUGCACAAAUAGAUCGCGAUCUCUAUCAGCAGGAGAUACACACUUUGCUGGCAGGCCAGGACAAUCUGAAUAUCCGUGAAGCCAUGGUUGAGGAUAUGUUGUUGGAUGACACUGACAAUAGUGUUGUCGGUGUUCUUCUUAACGACGGAUCGGUUAUAAAGACGAAAAAGGUGGUGAUUACCACCGGUACUUUCUUGGGUGGCGUUAUUCAUGUUGGAAACAAGACGGUUCUGGCUGGACGUGUUGGUGACCGCGCAGCUACCAAGCUCUCACAGACAUUGGCGCGAUUCGGAUUUGCUUUGGGACGACUGAAAACAGGUACACCACCAAGAUUAGAUGGUAAAUCCAUUGAUUACACUGGUUUGGAGAUUCAAAACGGUGAUGAGAAACCAACUCCAUUUUCAUUCUUGAACGACACUGUAAAGUAUCGUGAUCGUCAACUUCAAUGUUUCAUGACGAGAACAACCGAACAAUCCCAUCAGAUUAUCUUGGACAACUUGGACACUAGACCAGCACUGGAAAGUGGCGUCGACGGCAAAGGUCUUGGUCCAAGAUAUUGCCCUUCCAUUGAGACGAAAAUCGAGAGAUUCCAAGGUAGAACUCACCAGGUCUGGCUUGAACCAGAGGGCUACAAUACAGACGUAAUCUAUCCUAAUGGAAUAAGUAUUUCUCUGCCUGAAGAUGUGCAACUACAAUUCCUGAAAACAAUUCCGGGACUAGAGAAUGUGGUGAUGUUACGUCCUGGCUAUGCUGUGGAAUACGACUAUGUCGAUCCGAGAGAACUGCGUUCUACUCUGGAAACAAAGAAAGUAAAAGGACUGUAUUUUGCUGGACAAAUCAAUGGUACAACUGGCUACGAAGAAGCGGCAGCACAAGGAAUUGUUGCCGGUAUCAACGCAGCACUCUCCUUGGAUAAAUCGAGAUCACCGAUGAUCGUCGAUCGUUCCGAAGGAUACAUCGGAGUGCUCAUUGACGAUCUCGUAACACUUGGUGUUACAGAACCAUACCGAAUGUUUACCUCACGAUCUGAAUAUCGUAUUUCACUUCGUGCACACAACUCUGAUCAACGUCUAACUCAAAAGGGUUUCCAACAUUCCAGUGUCACCAAAGAGAGAUUGGAUCGUUACGCACAAAAAGAAUCAAUUAUAAAUGAAACAAUGAAUUAUUUAAAGGAAACAAAAUAUCAACCAAAUGAAUAUUUAGAGAAAUGUGGUAUUGAAAAUAUAGGAUCAAAGAAAUCAAUAUUUGAAAUUCUAAAGAGACCACAUACAAGUUUGGCAUUGUUGAAACCUUUGAUCGAUGAAAAUGUAUAUAGUUCCAUACCAAGUCUGAUUGUGCCGGUCAUCGAGUCAGAGUGUCAAUAUUCAGAUUACCUGGUCAGACAGCAAGCAGAGAUCGAUCGUUUCAAGAGGGAAGAAUCCAGAGAGAUACCAGAGGCCAUCAACUACUGGGAGAUAGGUCAACUCUCUACAGAGAUCAAACAGAAACUUUCUGAGGCAAGACCACCUACACUAGGUUCUGCCAGUCGAGUUCCAGGAGUGACACCCUCCGGAAUCCUUGCAAUCUUGUCCUACAUUAGAAAGAAUCACAAACAAUUUUAUCCAAAUAGCGAUACUCAAGUGGGUUCUACAAUAAUUUAA